AUGUACGCGGUAAUACAGCUCGACUCGGAAAACCACAGACUCCGACCCAAGCGGGUCAAAAUGGAGUUUGUGUGCAAAUACUGCAACCGGACGUUCAACAAACACUAUUCGCUGCUCAUACACGAACGCAACCAUCUGCCAACGGUCAACUACCGGUGCGAGAUGUGCUACAAGUCGUUCAAACGGCAGGACAGCCUGCAACAACACAGAUCAACUCAUAGUCCAAAUUACAGAGCUGGGUACGCAUUGCAGCUUUGA